CAUAACGUGAUUGCUGGCCUGGGGAAAGUCUCGCCUUCUCCAGCUUCGAUGGUGCUUCGAUCUGGACCUCAUAUCCGCCCAAAGACGCACGACAUCUCGCAGUUACUCCACUCUGUUCAAUCGAAUGUGAACAGACAACGUGGACUGCUACCCACCAUGAGCUCGACAAAGUCCUCCCCCGCAUCUCUAUUCCAGGUGUACCUCCGCCUGCGGCCACCAAUGCCGCAGCAUUUGGAGGAGCACGCUGAACGAUGCUUGACAAUCGAGACUCCAGAGCCAAAGGUCACUGUUGAAGAUGACCAGGAGACGGCAGCCGCCUCUCCCACCCAUAUCACCCUGCAACCCCCAUCCGAUUCGCGAAAGCGUGCCGUUGAAAGGUUCGGCUUCACCAAGGUGUUCGAAGAGUCAGCGUCUCAGCUAGACGUCUUCCAUGGCACCGAGUUGGAGUCUCUGAUUAGGGGUGUAUUGGUUGAGGGUAGGGACAGCCUUAUUGCAACGUUGGGAGUAACAGGUAGCGGAAAGAGCCAUACAAUCCUGGGUUCGAGGUCGCAGCGAGGAAUUACCCAGAUGAGUCUUGACCUUAUCUUCAACUCCUUGGCCUCGACUAUCAGGCCACCCGACAAUUCCAUUAGCCCUCUUCUUCUGUCCACUGUGGCCGCGUCAGAUGCUUCCGAAGCCCAAAUGUUCACGGCGCAGACAUUCCUCGAGGCUGUGUAUGGCGACCCUGCCGAACGUGGAAGGAACUCAAGAGCCCAAACGCCGAUGAGUACUGGAAGAGCUACCCCUAUGACGGAACCGACACCUGCACUUAUAUUCCCCCGUCGCAAUAUGCCCCAACGUCCUAACGGCCUGCUUCGCUCGCCCGAUGUCAGUCACCUCACCAUGGAGCUCAACCCUAACUCCGAAUAUGUCGUCCUGGUGUCAAUGUACGAAGUUUAUAAUGAUCGCAUCUUUGAUCUGCUGUCACCUGCUAUAGUACCUGGCCAGGGAAGUACUAUGUCCCGUCAGGGAGGCAAUGCGCAGAAGGACCGACGCAGGGCAUUAUUUUUCAAGCCAACGGAAGGGUCCCCUGACCGGAAGGUUGUUGCGGGACUACGCAAGAUAGCAUGCAGCACCUACGAGGAGGCUCUGUCGGUGCUUGAAGUUGGCCUUACUGAGCGCAAGGUCACUGGAACCGGAGCCAACAGCGUCAGCUCUCGCAGUCAUGGUUUCUUCUGUUUGGAAGUCAAAAGAAGAAUGCGAAACAAGAGGACUGGCGAAGAAACUUGGAUAGGCAACACCCUCACGGUGGCAGAUCUUGCUGGCUCUGAGCGCGCGCGAACUGCUAAAACGGCUGGUUCGACCCUUGCAGAGGCCGGCAAGAUCAACGAGAGUUUGAUGUACCUUGGGCAAUGCCUUCAGAUGCAGAGUGACAUACAGGACGGAAAUAAGGCUGCCAUGGUUCCGUUCAGACAAUGCAAACUCACUGAACUGCUUUUCUCGAACUCCUUCCCGUCUUCCAACCAGGCUACUGGCCUCAACCGUCACCCACAGAAGGCUAUUAUGAUAGUCACUGCCGAUCCUAUGGGUGACUACAACGCGACUUCCCAAAUCCUGCGUUACUCGGCAUUGGCUCGUGAAGUUGCCGUACCUAGAGCUCCCUCAAUUGCCGAGUCUAUCUUGUCCAGCACGCUUGGAUCUCGUCACGGAUCCGCUAGUGGACGCAACACUCCCAGCAUGGGCACAAACGAAGAGCUUGAGAAGGCCCUGGCAGAGAUCGCAAGACUGACGGCAGAGAAUGAAUCUCUCUCAGUGAGACUUGCUGAAGAAGAGAUACUCAGGACCGAUUUCGAGCUGAGACUCAAGGCAAGCGAAGAACGAUGCAUCAUGAUCGAGCAAGAAGUGCGCGAAGAAUGUUGGAAUGAGAUGGACGAGCGAAUGGAAGAGGAGCGAAAGAGAUGGCAAAAUGCCUUGGAUCAACAAUCUGGUUUUAAUGACGAGCAUCUCGACAAGAAGAUUGAAAUCGUGUCCCGAGGAUUUCAAAUUCACGAAGACCCCCAACCCUCCUCAGACGAGCGGGUCGAAGAUCUCGAGUUCGAGAACGACCAGCUUCGCAGCAAGAUUGCAGCCCUGGAACGCGAGCUGAAUUGCCGCUCUCCUACCAAGAAGUCCCGGUCGAAGAAUACUCUGGAGACUUCUCGCAAUUCCAACAUCCUUGGACGCGAAAGUGACAUCGAGGUCGCUCUCAAGCGAAUGGACCAGCUGAAGCUUGCGGAUAGCAUGUUUUCUCCUGCUCCGCAGCCCACUGGUUCACCCGGCAAGAGGCAGAGAAAGAUGGCGACUCGGAAAUGGGACUUGGCUCCCGAGGAAGAUAUCUAAACUGUUGCCGAAAGAAUGCUGUCUUCUUGUAUACGUUUGGCAGGAUACCUCUCGUUGGACAUAAUUACUUGCUUGAUGGUGUAACGGUUGGGAAGGAUGUAUCAGGCGUUCCGGUGGAUUAUUUUGUUGAUACCAAUAUUCCCCUUUCUUGUUAUAAUAUUAAUAGUUCUCUAUGAUACAUGAAGCUUGUUGAGAAGUACCUCCUUGAACGCCUACCGUUCGUUGCACGCCAUGAAGUACAUGAGACCCUAACGCAUACUUCGAAAGUCAAAUGGUCAUAUCAAACAUGAGCACGAAUGAUUCGACACUCGCACGGUGGUUAACCAUCACUUAUGUUUCCAUUACUUCCGGUUCAGAACCAGCUUCGCUUUCCUGAUCUGUUCCGGGAAUCUCAGCCUGCUCAACGUCAUCCAUCUCGUCAUUAUCCUGCACACCUUCCAUUUCGGUGAUAUCGUUGCCAUCUUCAUCCUCUUCCGGAUCCC